AUCUGCAACGCCCCCGCGACCUUUCAGCGGGCCAUGAACAUGACUUUUCAGAAUUUCGUGAGGAAGACUCGUUUGGCGCAGAGUAUCAUCAACUACUGCAUGAUUGUGUACAUGGAUGACAUCUUGGUGUAUUUGAGUUCCUACGAGGGACACGUGCAGCACAUCGAAUGGGCACUGCAUGCGUUACGAGAUGCGGAUUUCAAGGUGGCGCUUGAGAAGUGUCAGUUUUUCCUCACCACCAUUUCCUUCCUAGGGCACGUGGUGACCGACAAGGGACUCCAACCGGAGCCGCAGAAGGUGGCAGCUGUCAGGGACGUGCCCGUGCCUACGACUAUCACGCAAGUUCGCGACUUUCUGGGCCUAGCCUCGUACUACCGAAGAUCUAUCAAGGGCUUCGCGACGAUUGCGGGACCCCUCACAAAUCUGCUGCGCAAGGAUCAGCCGUUGAUCUGGACGCCGGAGUGCGAUCAAGCGUUUUUCAAACUCAAGGCCGCUCUCAUUUCGACUCCGGUCCUUAUAAGACCGGAUCCCGAAAAGCCUUUUGUUCUCACCACUGACUGGCAGCCAAAGGUGACGUGGACGGGCACUAGCGAGCAUCCCACGUGGAUCGAGAACCCAGAGCUGCUCAUCAUACAGGCUUGGAGAACUAACGUGGAAGGAGAUCUUCUUGGCUUUCUCUUCGGAUCGGUACGGCCGGGUCGCCGACAACUAAUUGCGCAGGAGCUCAUCGCGUCGAUCGUGCAAUUGGCGGACGAUCUCUCGCCUGACAUUUAUUCGCAAAGUGACGAUAGUCCUGCUCCACACAUUCUCGAGCGAGCACUGGAUCCGUACCUUCAGUGGACUGCGUGCUUGGAGGAACCGAGGGACGAGGAUACGCUACCAUCACGGCAGGAGUAUCUCAAACCGUACGAUAUCAUCCCUCACGCCUUUUAUCCGAGGGCGGAGGAAGUGGUGAUCGACGAAGACGACGAAGAGGACGAAGACGAGGAAACAUCGGAGGAGGGAAGCUAUAGCGAAUAUAGCGAGGGUGAGCAGAGUGAAGAAGAAGAGGAGGAAGAAGAAACCAGGUCUGAGUGGGAAGCUUUGCCAGAGGAAGCGACGCACACGGGAACAGAGGCAGAAGAUCCGGCAGCAACCCGAAAGCGCGAAGAAAUUACCACCGGGAAGCGACAGCUGGAGUUCGUAAGUGGAGCCAGCCUGCGCAUCGGCAACGAUCCGACCAGGGAUCCGCAGCCGCCAAAGCCCGAAGAUGGCGACCCUGCAGCCACGGCCUCAAUUACCACGGGACGGAGACGAAGCCGAUCCUCCUCCUCCUCCAGCCCCGCCCGUCCCCCAGUUCGCCCACGUACCGAUGCGGGCGAUAGGCCUUCGUCCUUGCACGCUAUCCCCCCGACCCCUUGACUUCCUCACCCUUGAGCAGAUCCGCACCCCCGUCACCUUCCCUCCCCAUCCCUUCAUUCCCCAUCUCUUCCGCGACUUCUACUCUACCCGCUUGCUCG